AUGUGUUCACGUUUUUUUUGGACUCGCCGUUUGUUAGGCCGUCACAAUGCCGGAGUCUUGAAUUCCCACAUUCGGCCCUUAAUUUCAUCUAAUCAUCGUUCUUCUUCCUGCUUCUACUCUCCGAGAAUUUAUUUUCACGCAAGAAAUUAUUCUACCACUAAUAAUCUUACCGAAGGGGUAGAACGGGUAUCUCCUCUUCUGACAAGGUUGAAAAGUGAUGUAAAACAUGCGCUGAGAAAUAAGGAUCAAGUGAAACUGAAUGUUGUUAGGGGCAUUCUCUCGGAUGUCACCUAUGCAACGAAGUCCGAAUCCUCCACCUCUUCAUCAAAACCACAAAUUGGCUCGUUUGAUCAGGACAUUUAUCCGAUAAUUAAUCGAGCAAUUAAACGCCGCCGAGAAUCCAUCGAUCAGUUUUCUCGAGCUGGUCGCACGGAUCUCGUGGAAAAUGAAAAGCUGGAGUUGGAAAUCUUGCAAUCCUAUUUACCCCAACAAAUGUCCGAACAAGAAAUUGAGGUCGAGGUAACGAACGUUAUUCAAAAAAUUGGCAUUAAAGGUGGAACCGAAAACUUGGGAAAAGUUAUGAAGGAACUGAAUCUAGACAUCGGAAGAGCCCCUAAAAAUAUAGUGGCCCAAGUAGCAAAGAGGAUAUUGGCCUCAAAAAAUUAA